AGAUACUUUCGUUUUCUUCUUUCCUAUUAUUUUCAAAAUAUGAAAUUAUGUUUAAGUAAAUUUAUUAGGUGUAAAUUGAAUAAUUUUUAUUUUAUUUUCUUAGUUAAUAAAUCUGUGGACAAUAAUUAUUAUUUUCACCAUAUAGAUGACCAUCCUAUGUUGUUUAGGUCCUGACAUACCUUACUAUUUUUAAUUGUUAUACUGUUUAACCUCCUCUAAACUCCAAAUGACUGACUUCGUUUAUUAUCAUUGAAUCAACUAUUUAUCACCAUCAUCUUUUAAUUAUUUCUAAAUUUGUUCAACAUUCUCCUUCACUUGUAUCACUAUAAUGAGUGAUCAAGAAGUGAAAGGGAAGAAAAAUGGUCGAAAUAGAGGUCGUGGAAAAGCUUCAUCAACAUCAACAGCGUCUAAAGCCACAGGAAACAAUGGACCUAAUGCUGCAUCUACAGCUAGUACUGGUAAAAAAAGUACAACCAAGAAGAAAGGAUUUCUCUUCUUCUCUCUUUUUUCAUUCUUAUUUAAUCAAGGCCGGAUAACUGCAAAAAUGACUCCGAAAGAAUCACUUGCUAUUAAAUUGGCUCAAAGACCGGACCGUCAAGUGUUGAUAGAGAAAAAUAUUUUACCCGCAAUGACUGAGGAGGAAAGACAAGAGUCAAGAGAAACAGUAAAAAGUACUCUUUCAAGGCGACUAAGUUCACGACCAACCAUCGAGGAAUUAGAGCAAAGGAAUAUACUCAAGCUUCAAACACCAGAGGAAAUGUUAUUGGAAAAGGAGCAAAUAAAGAAGACACUCAAUCGCAAGUUAAGUUUCCGUCCCACAUUAGAAGAGCUCAAGGAACGUAAAAUCAUCCGUUUUAAUGACUAUGUUGAAGUGACCCAAGCACACGAUUACGAUCGAAGAGCAGACAAACCAUGGACAAGGCUGACUCCAGAAGAUAAGGCUGCUAUCCGUAAAGAACUUAAUGAGUUUAAAAGCUUAGAAAUGGCUGUUCAUGAUGAAAGCCGACACAUGAUAAGAUUCCAUAAACCGUAAGGAGCAAGAAGAAGCAAAUGUUAUGAUAACACGAUUUUUAUUGUGGAUCCAAGCAAGCAAAUCAAUGUUUCCAAUGAUUGGUCAGAGGAACCAAGAAGAAACACGGCAACAAUUAAUUACGAUUUUAUAAAAAAACCAAAUGGUGCAAAAAAAGAAACGAAAAAAUGUUGAUCAAGAUUGAUUUUCCUGUAAAUUGUGAUCUCGCCAACAACGAGGAUUCUCAAUGGUAUCCUGAAAUGUGCCAACAUCUUUUAUAUUAUCAAGUGUAUUUAAACCAGUUAAUUAGUUUAAUUUAUUGACAAAAUGUGUAAUAAUUGGGCUGACAGAAAACGAGGGAAAAAAGAGGCUUAAAUUGUGACCCGAAAGCGCAACAAUCCAUUUUUGAAGUAACAAAGCCAACUAUCAAUUCAGGAUUCAAUCAACUACAGCAAAGGAUUAGGUGAUGAUCGAGGAAUCGAGCGACUUUAUGUCCAUUAAGUUGUCCUGUUAAAUUGUUUUUGUAUUAUUAUGUUUAUUAUUAUAUUAUUAUAUUGUUGUGAUUAUUUCAUCUUCAAUCUUUCCUAUCAUUAUCAUUUUUGCUUCCUUUCAAUCCUUCACUAUCUCUCUCUCUGUAUAACCUUUCAUCUGUCAACCUUUUUUCAUUCCAAAAAACAAUUCUCUUUUCUCUCUUCCUUUUCUUGUUCUUCUUUCAAAAGUCUUAACGAUUCUUCCAAAGAAACCAACAAAAAAGUCAUUACACAUAAAUCUCUAUUGCAACUCUUUCUUUUUAUGUCUAAACACAAUUUGAUUUUAAUGUUUAUAAAUCAUGAAUCAACUAAAUAAUUAAUUCAUAAGACUUGUUAAUAAUAAUCGCCGACUUCGUCUGUAUCAUUUUAUUUUCCCCUUUCAAUGUUCAUUUCAACUUUACGCAUUCAUUACCAACAAAGCAUCAUUUUUUAAACUUCAAA